AAAAAAAAAAAAAAAAGCAGACAGGGGAGAGCGCAGGGACGCCGGGGAGCUGGUGGCGGCCCUGGGCACUUUGCAAUCGGAUCGGAGAUCGGCCCGACCGCGCGGCUGGCAAGGGGGCUGGGAGAGAGUUGGGCACCAUUAAAGUUUUUAUUUUUCGUGUCUGUGCGAGCAGGUGUUUGGGGCUGGGGUCCGGUUUUCUUCGGGCUCUUCCCCCGUCGCCCGGGGCAGUCCGCCUGAGGGAUUCGGCCAACUAGAGCCCGAGCCGCGACCAUGCCCAGGAAGAAGGCGGCGGCGGCGGCCUGGGAGGAGCCGAGCUCGGGCAACGGCACUGCCCGCGCCGGGCCCAGGAAACGCGGCGGCCCGGCGGGCAGGAAGCGCGAGCGGCCCGAGCGCUGCAGUAGCAGCAGCGGCGGCGGCAGCAGCGGCGACGAAGACGGCCUGGAGCUCGACGGGACCCCCGGCGGGGGCAAGCGCGCGGCGCGGCCGGCGGCGGCAGGCAAGGCGGGCGGUGCGGCCGUGGUCAUCACCGAGCCCGAGCACACCAAGGAGCGCGUCAAACUUGAAGGGUCAAAGUGCAAAGGGCAGCUUUUGAUUUUUGGGGCAACCAACUGGGACUUGAUUGGUCGAAAAGAAGUGCCUAAGCAGCAAGCUGCUUACCGCAAUCUCGGUCAGAAUUUGUGGGGGCCCCAUAGGUAUGGGUGCCUGGCGGGGGUCCGGGUACGGACAGUGGUCUCGGGCUCCUGUGCUGCACACAGCCUCCUCAUCACCACGGAAGGGAAGCUGUGGAGCUGGGGUCGAAAUGAGAAGGGGCAGCUAGGACAUGGUGACACCAAGAGAGUAGAAGCCCCCAGACUCAUCGAGGGUCUCAGCCACGAAGUGAUUGUGUCUGCAGCAUGUGGGCGGAACCACACCUUGGCCUUGACGGAAACGGGUUCCGUGUUUGCUUUUGGGGAAAACAAGAUGGGGCAGCUGGGCCUUGGCAACCAGACAGACGCUGUCCCCAGCCCCGCGCAGAUAAUGUACAACGGCCAGCCAAUUACCAAAAUGGCCUGUGGGGCUGAAUUCAGUAUGAUAAUGGACUGCAAAGGAAACCUCUAUUCCUUUGGGUGCCCUGAAUAUGGUCAGCUGGGACACAACUCAGAUGGGAAGUUCAUCGCCCGGGCACAGCGGAUAGAGUAUGACUGCGAACUAGUUCCCCGGCGAGUGGCUAUCUUCAUUGAGAAGACGAAAGAUGGACAGAUUCUGCCUGUACCAAACGUGGUUGUGCGAGACGUGGCCUGUGGCGCUAACCACACGCUGGUCCUGGACUCCCAGAAGCGAGUCUUCUCCUGGGGCUUCGGUGGCUAUGGCCGGCUGGGCCACGCGGAGCAGAAGGAUGAGAUGGUCCCCCGCCUGGUGAAGCUGUUUGACUUCCCUGGACGUGGGGCUUCCCAGAUCUAUGCUGGUUACACCUGCUCCUUUGCCGUCAGUGAAGUGGGUGGUCUGUUUUUCUGGGGGGCCACCAACACCUCCCGUGAAUCUACCAUGUACCCAAAAGCAGUGCAGGACCUCUGCGGCUGGAGAAUCCGGAGCCUGGCUUGUGGGAAGAGCAGCAUCAUUGUGGCCGCCGACGAGAGCACCAUCAGCUGGGGCCCAUCACCGACCUUUGGGGAACUGGGCUAUGGGGACCACAAGCCCAAGUCUUCCACUGCAGCCCAGGAGGUGAAGACUCUGGAUGGCAUUUUCUCAGAGCAGGUCGCCAUGGGCUACUCACACUCCUUGGUGAUAGCAAGAGACGAAAGUGAGACUGAGAAAGAGAAGAUCAAGAAACUGCCAGAAUACAACCCCCGAACCCUCUGAUGCUCCCAGAGACUCUCCGACUCCACACCUCUCGCGGCAGCUGUCAUUUCCAUGUGCACUGGGACGGGAAGUCAAACGAGGAAUUUAAAAAGGCAAAAGUUGACCGAAGGUGCAUUUUUGUUUAGACUCCCUGAGGUUCCGUUUUAUAAAUGAUCCAACGUUAACUACCUUUUUUCUGUAUGCUUUCCAAAGUCCCUUUUCCCCUUCAUGUCAAAUUAAAACACUUGCUCAUAGUUGACUUACCAUUCCUACAAAAGAGGCAGAAACUUUGAGCAAUCUAGGUUUUUUUUUUUUUUAAGUUUUUUCUUUCUUCCUCUCCUGAAUACACUCCCCAAAACACCCCUUUCCAGUUAUAAUUAGCAUCGUGAUCCAAGCGGAUGCUACAUGGAAGAGGAAUCGCCAUUUACUCGGAAAAAAUGUCCCUUACAGGAACCGGCAGCAGCUAGGCAAAGUCACCGGCCCGCCUCCAUCCCAAAUCACGCUCGCAUGCUUCGGAAGCAUCCGGGUCACUCCUUUCCCGCUUUUUCUUGCAGAUCGGCCUAGGCCGGUGUUGAUUCUGUUUCUCCCCUUGGCUGCCUGUACGCCCACAGCCUUCUGGCUGCGACAUUAGAGAAUCGGCCGUGUCCCCCCUGGUGGGGGAUUGGGGAUCUGUGUUUAGCCAUUUAUAUCUACUUUAGCUGUUAAAGAAGUCCAAAUGAAAAUCAGGUGAUUGUGGAACCAUGGGGACUUGCGGGUGGGGCAGAGGUGGGAACAUUUGUAUCAGUUGAGUUAGCUUCGUGGCUCCCUGUGGAGCCAGGGCUGAGCCUUGUCACGUGCACUCGCCAAUUAGAGAUUGAUCAGCCAGCAGUCAAGUGCAUUCUCCAGUCCUUGCAAGAAGGAUCAGCCCUUUCUGUACCAGCCUCGAUCGCCUUGUGCUUUGGUCUCCUUUUCUCCCCUGCCUGGAUCCUGCCUCGCGCGGGCCGCCCUGUUGCUGAGACUCGGGGUACCGUUCUGCUGACCCAGCUCCCUUUAGUCACGUUUGCUUGGCUCUGGUACCAAAUAGUUGGGAUUACCGAAGAGUCCCCUUCCUCGCGUGUCAGCACGGAUGCUGUGACUGCCACCUGCGUCCCCGUCAAGUGCCCGUGCCCGAGCUCGCUGCUGUGUGCACUGCGCUGAGUGAGUUAUGAGGUGCCUUUCCCGGAACCCUCCUCUCGCCUGGACCCAAGAGAGACGACAGCUGUGGCUGGGGCUCUUGGUUUCCAGAGGGUCUGGACUGGUUUGGGUGCUUUAAAAUAGAUAUUUAGUUCAGUGGUGCUUAUGGGGGAGAUGGGACUAGAACUUAAAUGUGAGACUUGGGUGGAUGGGAAAGUUAAAUAUUGGUCUCCAAGUUUUUUUUUUCUCUUUUGCUAUUGUUACCAUUUGUCACCGUCUCCAUGUUAAAAUGCCAAAAAUGAUCUAGUUGUUGCUUUUUUCCCUAUUUUCCACCCUAGUCGCUCCUUACCGUGACUCCUGCCCUUGGAGGGCACGUAGCAGUGUCUGUCCCGCCAGUCCCAAGGCCCUGUGGGAGGAGACUGGCCUGCAUCUCUCUAAGACUUAGUCUGACGCCACGCGCAUCUCUUGUUCUGUGUUCAAUCAGUAGUCCAGGGGAGAAGCUUCUGCCACUUCAGAGCUUUGCUAAACUAACCUAAUUUGUCCAAAUCACCCCAGAACCACCAUCUCUGACUCAAGCUUCCAUGCGACAGCCUGAUCCGUUUCCCUGGACAGGUCUCUUUCCUGGAACGCAGCCCAGGCACCUGUGCUCCUGGCACCUUUGAGGUCUCUCCUUUGAGUCGUGGCCACCGAGAGGGUUGAGGACGCAGCACCCGAGGUCCCAGCCUUUGCAGGAGCCGCCCUGGGCGGAACUGGACUUAGAUCUUCGGUGGCCUCAUAUAAAGCCGGCAGCCAGCCUCUUCUAGAACCCUAGCCCAGGGACUGGAGCAGGAAAGGACCUUCGAAGCGAAGACUGCCUUGUCCCGCACUUCUGGCUUCGAUGGAAAAAUGGGCUUCCUAAUGGGUUAAAUCCUUUAAAAUAAGGAGUUGGGGGGGAAGGGUGUCGUGCACUCCUAGAGAAAGGUACACAGUUGCCCGGCUGGGAACGUGCUUGGCGCUGACCCUGCGGGCAUCUGACUGGUCUUCCAGCUCAGGAAAAAGAAUUUGAAAGAGGCUUAGCGUGAAGGGGAAUCAAAGAGGAGGUUGUGAUUUGGUUGAAGGUGCCUGGUUUAGUGCUGUAAUUGUCUUAUUAUUUUUUUUUAUAUAUAUAUUUCUUGGAGUAAACAUUUUAAAUAAACGACAUCAUUGUCUACUG